AUGCCUUGGAUAAGUCUGUUAUCAGGAUCGAAUAUAUCUCUCCGUAUCAUGGCACACGUGAGACACUUUCGGACAUUAGUUUCUGGAUUUUAUUUCUGGGAAGCAGCACUAUUACUCAGUUUGGUUGCUACAAAGGAAACAAAUAGUGCAAGAUCUCGAAGUACUCCAAUGUCACCAUCUGACUUUCUGGAUAAAUUAAUGGGGAGGACAUCAGGGUAUGAUGCAAGAAUCAGACCUAAUUUUAAAGGCCCUCCAGUUAAUGUCACAUGCAACAUAUUCAUAAACAGCUUUGGCUCUAUUGCAGAGACAACUAUGGAUUACAGAGUGAAUAUCUUUCUUCGUCAAAAAUGGAAUGAUCCUCGUCUUGCAUACAGUGAAUAUCCUGAUGAUUCUUUAGACCUCGACCCAUCCAUGUUGGACUCCAUUUGGAAGCCUGAUUUGUUCUUUGCCAAUGAAAAGGGUGCCAAUUUUCAUGAAGUCACAACAGACAACAAAUUGCUAAGAAUUUUCAAAAAUGGAAAUGUUCUUUACUCGAUAAGAUUAACAUUAACACUUUCCUGUCCAAUGGAUCUCAAAAAUUUUCCAAUGGAUGUACAAACGUGUAUAAUGCAACUGGAGAGUUUUGGGUAUACAAUGAAUGAUCUUAUUUUUGAAUGGCAAGAUGAAGCACCUGUACAAGUGGCCGAAGGACUAACUUUGCCCCAGUUUCUGUUGAAAGAAGAAAAAGAUUUACGAUACUGCACUAAACAUUACAAUACAGGAAAGUUUACAUGUAUAGAAGUACGAUUCCAUCUGGAACGACAAAUGGGAUACUAUCUCAUUCAGAUGUACAUUCCCAGUCUCCUGAUUGUUAUUCUAUCCUGGGUUUCAUUCUGGAUCAAUAUGGAUGCAGCUCCAGCCAGGGUAGCUCUGGGAAUAACAACUGUACUUACUAUGACUACGCAGAGUUCUGGAUCACGAGCUUCCUUACCAAAGGUUUCAUAUGUCAAAGCUAUUGACAUUUGGAUGGCAGUAUGCCUCCUUUUUGUGUUUUCAGCACUUCUGGAGUAUGCAGCUGUAAAUUUUGUAUCAAGACAGCACAAAGAACUGCUGCGAUUUCGACGAAAGAGAAAGAAUAAGACAGAAGCUUUUGCAUUGGAGAAGUUUUACCGUUUCUCAGACACGGAUGAUGAGGUAAGGGAAAGCCGAUUCAGCUUCACAGCAUAUGGAAUGGGACCAUGUCUGCAAGCAAAAGAUGGUGUAACUCCAAAGGGCCCAAACCAUCCUGUCCAGGUAAUGCCAAAAAAUCCUGAUGAAAUGAGGAAGGUCUUUAUUGAUCGGGCCAAGAAGAUUGACACCAUCUCCCGAGCCUGCUUCCCAUUAGCUUUCUUGAUUUUUAACAUUUUCUACUGGGUUAUCUAUAAAAUCCUUAGGCAUGAGGAUAUUCAUCAGCAACAAGAUUAA